GUCUCCCUGGCCAGGGGGAGCACGAAGGAGACAGGGGGGAGAAGGGAGACCCAGGAGCACCGGGUUACCCUGGAAAGAUCGGCCCCAAGGGCCCCCCGGGUUCAAAGGGAUUACCGGGUCCCAUGGGACCCCCCGGCCCGCAGGGGGACUCUGGUGACUACAAGACCACCCUCAAGUCCGCCUUCUCCGCUGCCAGGACCGUCAGCUCCUACCCGCGCCGGGAGCAGCCCGUCCGCUUCGAUCGCAUCAUCACCAACGAGAAGGGCCACUAUGAGAACCGAUAUGGCCGUUUCAUCUGUCGGGUCCCGGGCAUCUACUACUUCACCUACCACGUCACCUCCAGAGGCAAUCUGUGCCUCAGUGUGAAAAAAGGCCGGGGUGGCAGCAGGGGCCAGAAGGUGGUGACCUUCUGCGACUACGUGCACAGCAGCUACCAGGUCACCACGGGUGGCGUGGUCCUCAAGAUGGCAGCGAACGAGUCCGUCUGGCUGGAGCCAACGGAGAAGAACUCCCUGGUGGGGAUCGAAGGGUCUGACAGCAUCUUCUCCGGCUUCCUGAUCUUCCCCGAGGCUUAG